AUGAGAGCUGUCACUCCUCCCCAACGUUUUGCCGGAGAAUAGGAAAGGAGUAGGCUUGGUCUGCGUGCAGAGGCAGAAUUGCACCGUACUACGUCUGGGAAUAUUCGUGCACGGUGGAGAACGCGCCUCACAGCUCCUCUGCUUUGAAUAGUAGGUUUGUAUAAGGGUUUACUAAUACUUAUCAGUUUUAUGUUAAUCAUUUAAUAAAUGCGGUUUUUUUUUAGGUGGUGGAGCCUCGCUUAACAAAUCCAACGAGUUUCAAUUCAACAGUAGCCUAACCGAAUGCUAUUCAUGGAUAAUCUUCUCCGUUACCAUCCUAGGGUGUCUGUGUGAUGCCCCCUGCUAGCGGGUCCCCUCCCAGUGUGUGAUGCAUCAUGGCUCCGGUGCUGAGUGGCUUGUGGGAACUGGGGGUCGUGGGGUCAGGGGACGCCACGGCGACAUCCUUAGGCAAUGUGCAGCUGAUGACCAUCUCUGUCUUCUUGCUGCUCUCAAUGCUACUGCUGCUGUGUGCAGGCUGCCAGGGGCCAAAGAAAUCAAAUUGCCGCCCAGUGGCCCACGAGAACCUCAUGAAUGGAGUGUCUGAGAGAGAGACAUUUACCGGUAGUCAGUCUGUGGACAGCCCAGGGACUGACCUAUUGGUGAGCAGCUCACACAACGGCCCACUAACCAGUGGUACAGUGUUGACAGACACCCAGGACAGCAGUCCCCAGCCCUCUGAGGAGAUGCUGUCCAGUCAGUCUGAGCUGCGGAGCUCCAAGUGUCCCCAGGACCGCGAGCUGCCCAGCAUCCCACCCAACAGCACCCUGGAGGGGAUGGGAUCUUCCAGCGGACCCCUUCUCCCUCCCUCUGGAGACGGCACCUACGAGGUGGUGAAGGAGAGAGGCGGCGACUUGACGGCGUCCCGUGACGUGAGCGUUGAAGACUCCCUGUACGAGACGGUCAAAGAGCUGAAGGACCAUCCAGGGAGCCUGGCUGCAGGUCUCCUCAACGGAGACGGUACUAUGUCCCCCCUCAGCCCUGAUGACAAUGAAAUUUCCCACCACCACCACCACCACAACCACCUCCCACCUCCCAACAACCCUCCAGCCCUCCACAACGGCCACCUCAGCCCUGGCUCCCCAGAGCGGGGGCCCCUGUGCGCGGGAGUGGAGUACGCCUCGGUGGAUCUCAACAAGAAGAGCCGUUACAGUGCAGACCUGGAGGCCAGGCGCUCAGCCACCAUCACUGCUGCUGUGAGCCCCACAGAGGAGCCCGAGGAGGAGGACAGACCCCCGCCUGUACCUGACAAGGUGCUGGAUGAGAACGACAACCAGCCUACCAUGAUGGACGCAGGAGCGGUGGUGGUACUGGGGGCCGCGCUGCAAAACGGAGAGCUGUCAGACAUGUACUCCACGGUGGGGAAGCCAGGUCUAGAUGUGGAGGAGAAGGAGAGUGACUACAGCAGCAUUGCUGAUAUCAAGGGUCUGGUCCCCGAGUAUUCCUCCAGUGAUCUCUACGCUACCGUCAGGGACAUCCACCCCCAGCCCAGAGAGGGGGAGUCAGACCCCCAGGGACCCCCCACAGAGAGCAUCGAGCCUGGCUACGAGAUCAUCCACAUCCCUAAGACUGGCAGUGGAGAGGACUUGGGGCUGGGGAACCAGGUUCAGGAGCCAGACUAUGAGAGUGUAGGUGAGCUGGCCCUGGGGUUGAACAGGGAGAGCUCCCGUCUCUGACUGCCUAUGGACCCUAAAGCCUGAGUUUCUGGGGCCUCACCCUCCACCCCAGCCAUUAACCUCACUCCUAGCCUCACCCUCAACCCCAGCCAUUAACCUCACUCCUAGCCUCACCCUCAACCCCAGCCAUUAACCUCACUCCUAGCCUCACCCUCAACCCCAGCCAUUAACCUCACUCCUAGCCUCACCCUCCACCCCAGCCAUUAAUCUCACUCCUAGCCUCACCCUCCACCCAAGCCAUUAACCUCACUCCUAGCCUCACCCUCAACCCCAGCCAUUAACCUCACUCCUAGCCUCACCCUCAACCCCAGCCAUUAACCUCACUCCUAGCCUCACCCUCA